GAGCAACUGCAACAAAUAUAGCCCGAGGUGCUGUCACACACCCGAAUCCUUUUGCGGGACGUGUUCCCCCGUCCUCGCGUCGGUGCUUCCGAUCGUCCUGCGAGCGAAUAAGAAAAAGGUUCUAGUGCCCCAUCAAGUAAUAUCCUUCUCCGGAAAACUCUUUCAACACUCUCCCUCACAACACUUUCAACAGUUCAGAGCCGCUUGCGCCUCGUAUUCUCAACAAUGUUGGCCAACGACUCGUUUAAUGUUGCUUCUACCUCUGUCUCGCUCACCGCCUUGCCCAAGGACACCACCGGACUUGAGCGCAUCAUGCUCGUUGCCCAGGGUGACCUCCAGAGACUCCUGAGCACGUUCUUCUCUCGCCCGAUAUUUAUCGAGUGCAUAUAUGCCCACACUGCUCCUCGCACCAAGCCCGCUUCCCCUGAAACCCCCGUCUCGCAGAUUCGCCAGGUCCACCUCGUCUGCUCAGGUCGCGUCGUCUGCAUCGCGACCUCAUCGGUCACCAUCACUUCCCCUGAGUUCGAGCGCCUGUUCCUGGAGGACAAAUACCCCAUUGGUCAAACGUUCCGCCGGGCUCAGCGCACGCCUCAAUUUAGCCUCCUCGACGUCCAGAGCCGUAUCGAGAACGGCAAGCGCGAGCUCCGCCGGACGUAUAAACUCGAGACCCCUGGAUUCGAGUGCGAGAUUCUCGAGGUGUUCCCCGACAGGACCAUGUUUGCCAUGGGCGAGGCCUGGCUUGAUGAGGAGCAGGUGGCUAACGUCGUUGCCCCUGGCCAGAACUGGGUCGUUCCUCAGGCUGAGACUACUGUUCAUUAAUCGUUAGGACUAUCAUAGACACAUCAUGGCAUUGUAUACGUAAUUGCAUUCUAUAUCCUUGAAUAACUUGUUUCUUUUCGCUUCUUAUGGUGUACUUCAGAAUGACCAGGGUGCCUCGAUAGGAUAAUUUACCUAACGGGGUAUCACUCUCUAUCAAACUUCAGACUUCA